CAAACGAUCAGAUAUACGCAAUUUCACUCUACUUUUAAACUGAUCAGUAUCACAGUGCUUAAUUUGGACGAUUCUUUAAUUACCCUUCUCAAAGCUCUAAACAAAUGGUAACAAAACCAAUUUGUAAAAGUUUACUAAAACAGAUUCUAGAUGAAUGGAAGACACCAUAAGGCAAUUUACUUCGGUCACGAUUUGGGUAGCCAUGGAUGGUAUAUAAAGAGGCGUUGGUCGUCACAUCAACAGUUUGGAAGAGGGAGAGAAUCUCGAACUCAACAUGAAGGUUGGUCUUCUGUGUAUCGUUCUGCUCUGCGGGGUCCUGCUUGCUCAGGCCAGACCAAAGAGACCAAAGAAAGGUGGAGAAAAAGAUGAUUCAGAGAUUGAUCUUCUUGAGCGUAUGCUGGAUGAGUUAGAGGAAAAUGCCAAAGAUAAGGACGAAGACAGCCGAAGACCUCCCCCCAAGAAAGAUGACGGAGAUGAUAAGAAAGGUGGCAGACGAAGACGUCCCAAGAAAGACGGUGAUGAUGAUAAAGAUGGUAAACGAAGACCUCCCAAGAAAGAGGAUGGAGAUAAUGAAGACAAUGAUAAACAAAAACCACCAAAAAAAGAGGAACGAGAAAAUGAAGAAGGACGCCGUCGUAGACCACCACCAAAGGAGGAACGUGAAAUUGAAGAAGGACGCCGCCGUAGACCACCACCAAAGGAGGAACGUGAAAAUGACGAGGAAGCUGGCAAACGAAGACGUCCCAAGAAAGACGGUGGAGAUGAUGAUAAAGAUGGUAAACGAAGACCUCCCAAGAAAGAGGAUGGAGAUAAUGAAGACGAUGAUAAACAAAAACCACCAAAAAAGGAGGAACGUGAAAAUGAAGAAGGACGCCGCCGUAGACCACCACCAAAGGAGGAACGUGAAAAUGACGAGGAAGGUGGCAAACGAAGACGUCCCAAGAAAGACGGUGGAGAUGAUGAUAAAGAUGGUAAACGAAGACCUCCCAAGAAAGAGGAUGGAGAUAAUGAAGACGAUGAUAAACAAAAACCACCAAAAAAGGAGGAACGUGAAAAUGAAGAAGGACGCCGCCGUAGACCACCACCAAAGGAGGAACGUGAAAAUGACGAGGAAGGUGGCAAACGAAGACGCCCCAAGAAAGACGGUGGAGAUGAUGAUAAAGAUGGUAAACGAAGACCUCCCAAGAAAGAGGAUGGAGAUAACGAAGACGACGAUAAACAAAAACCACCAAAAAAGGAGGAACGUGAAAAUGAAGAAGGACGCCGCCGUAGACCACCACCAAAGGAGGAACGUGAAAAUGACGAGGAAAGUGGCAAACGAAGACGUCCCAAGAAAGACGGUGGAGAUGAUGAUAAAGAUGGUAAACGAAGACCUCCCAAGAAAGAGGAUGGAGAUAAUGAAGACGAUGAUAAACAAAAACCACCAAAAAAGGAGGAACGUGAAAAUGAAGAAGGACGCCGCCGUAGACCACCACCAAAGGAGGAACGUGAAAAUGACGAGGAAGGUGGCAAACGAAGACGCCCCAAGAAAGACGGUGGAGAUGAUGAUAAAGAUGGUAAACGAAGACCUCCCAAGAAAGAGGAUGGAGAUAAUGAAGAUGAUGAUAAACAAAAACCACCAAAAAAGGAGGAACGUGAAAAUGAAGAAGGACGCCGCCGUAGACCACCACCAAAGGAGGAACGUGAAAAUGACGAGGAAGGUGGCAAACGAAGACGUCCCAAGAAAGACGGUGGAGAUGAUGAUAAAGAUGGUAAACGAAGACCUCCCAAGAAAGAGGAUGGAGAUAAUGAAGACGAUGAUAAACAAAAACCACCAAAAAAGGAGGAACGUGAAAAUGAAGAAGGACGCCGCCGUAGACCACCACCAAAGGAGGAACGUGAAAAUGACGAGGAAGGUGGCAAACGAAGACGCCCCAAGAAAGACGGUGGAGAUGAUGAUAAAGAUGGUAAACGAAGACCUCCCAAGAAAGAGGAUGGAGAUAAUGAAGACAAUGAUAAACAAAAGCCACCAAAAAAGGAGGAACGAGAAAAUGAAGAAGGACGCCGCCGUAGACCACCACCAAAGGAGGAACGUGAAAAUGAAGAAGGACGCCGCCGUAGACCACCACCAAAGGAGGAACGUAACCCCCCCCCCCCCAAGAAGGACGGUAAUGGUGAAGACGAUGAUAAACGAAAACCGCUAAAAAAUGAGGAACGCGAAAACAAAGACGAACGUCGCCCUAGACCACGACCACAGGAGGAACGUGAAAAUGGAGACGAAAACCAACGAAAACCUCCAAGGAAAUGUAAUGGAGAUGAUUAGGGUGAUCAUCGACAAAAAGUACAAAAACCCCAGAAACGUAGAGGAUAAUGUUAUUCUCUAGCUCGAUUUAUGGGUUACAGUGAUUAAAGUUACUCUUGGAAAUCGAACGCUUGAUUACAGGACAUUCUCUGUACCUUAAUUCUUUUAUCAAAAAGUAUCAAUUUUCAAUAAAUGUUUCAUGCAUACUUUAUUUCGUAAUUAUUUUUUUUAAAUUUUUUUUUUUUUGGAUAUUGAGAAUAUCCAGGAUAUGGAUGAGUUUAAAGUUGUGAAAUAUCCUUGAAAGAAUAUGCAUUUUGACAUUUAUGCAUACGAAUGAAAUCUAUGUGGUGCACUAAGAAAUGUAUUCGUUGUUGGUUAUUUUAGAUGUAGUUACCGUACAUAAGCAUUGCACCCUUGUGAGUCCGUAAAAUAUUUCAAGACAUAUUUCCAAAGUUUACUCCCUGAACAUCUACCCGCCAAAACAUCUCAUUGUGAAGGGGGAUUAAAGUGUCCUCUACAGGGAAC